CGCCCAUACUCUGGAUACGACCCACCCACGACGACCGCCUGACUAACAGCUGAUUUGGAAAACACGAGGGCACCGUUCGCAAUUAUUCGUCAAGUUCGAAUCGACUGGGUUCGUUUCGAGGCAGGAGGUACAAAUACCAAAGAUUGAAAUUUAAUGCGGACGAGUGGGAAGGGGCGUGAAAAUUGAUAACUGGUGGUUAAAUGUAGGAGCAUGAUUAUUAGGGGUUCGUGUUUUUCCUGCUUUUUGGUUGGAGUUCUGGCAUUGCAGGGGACGAGGUAACGGUAACCCUGAGAUACUUGUUUCUGCCAGCUGACUAUGAACAGCAGAUGGGCGCCAGCUACACACUAUCAAAGAUUGCAUAACAAUCGACCAUGUAACUAUCGGAGGACAUUUUAUCAGAAGGUUACAUCAUGCUCAUCGUUGAUAUUUAAGUAAUGGUGAAGUAAUACCUUGUGGGACUACGUUGAAGAUUUCAGUCGUUGCGAAACACUGCACGAAGAGAACAACCGUAGCAGUAUCGACUAGGAUAAUCAUUUGUCGAAGAGGAAUAUGGCAUUUAUGGACAUCAGAAGUACAGAGCAAUGAAAAACUUGCGCAAAGAUAACUUCUCACAACAGCAACAAUGGCAGCUUUUCUCAAUUUAUUGUAGAUAAGGAAUGUUAUAUGGGACUUUUAUGAGAGGGCAAAUCUUAGCAGAACUAAUUUCAUAUGAAAUGGGAUGAGCAGGUCUCUGGGUAACGUUUUUGCUAAAUCCUCAAAAGUUGUACGACAUACUAAGCAAAUCUUUAAACAAAGCUACGAGGACUCUACAUCUUUGGAGAAAGAGUUAGAAGAAGAAACUGAACUAGAACAAGAUGAACUGGAUGAUGAAUUCGUACCUGCUCUUCCCUCCGACUUACAACACAUACCAUUUGUCUAUACAAGGCCAUCUCCGGAGCAGUUGGUUCAAAGAACUCAGGAGUUUUAUGAACUUGUAGCAGCGAGACGAAGUAUUAGAUCAUUCAGCUCAGAUCCUGUAUCAAAGGAUAUUAUACGUGAGAUCAUAAAGGCAGCUGGUACUGCACCCAGUGGGGCACAUACUGAACCUUGGACUUUUGUGUUGGUAUCUGAUGUCCAGAUCAAGGCUCAAAUUAGAGAAAUUGUUGAGAGGGAAGAGGAAGUGAAUUAUAAAAGAAGAAUGGGAAAGCAAUGGACAACUGAUCUGAAACCUCUGAGAACUAAUUGGAUAAAAGAGUAUCUCACUACAGCUCCAUACUUGAUACUUGUUUUUAAACAAAUGUAUGGUCUGACGGAGAGUGGAGAGAGAAAGAAUCAUUAUUAUCAUGAUAUUAGUGUGGCUAUUGCCUGUGGUAUACUAAUCACAGCAAUACAGGCCGCCGGAUUAGUAACUGUGGUGAGUACACCGUUGAAUGGAGGACCUUCAAUCCGUAAAAUAUUAAAUCGUCCUGCCAAUGAAAAGCUGGUCCUUGUGUUCCCAGUCGGGUAUCCUGCAUCAGAUGCUACAAUGCCAGACCUGCACCGUAAACACCUCUCAGAAAUUCUUGUAGAAUUUUAGGAUUUCUGAAUGAGAAACUGAUUCUAAUAAUGUUACCAAUGCUGAUUGCUACGUUUUAAUUGUAAUUUUAUUCAAUAAACAUAAACAAUAUAUUUUGAUGGA